CAGUGACAGCACACAUCAACUACCUACAAACAUGACGAGCGAGACAAACAUGCCGAGCGAACAUGAAGAUCCAGAGGAAUUGAGGAUCAUGCUUGUUGGUGGCCGUGGAUCUGGAAAGAGUGCAACAGGAAACACCAUCUUAGGGAAAAGGGCAUUUACAAUCAGGCAACCCUGGGAAUCUGAAACCUUUACCUGCCAAGCGGAAAGAGGAAUCUUUGAGGGUACUCCAGUGUUUGUAGUGGAUACUCCAGGUACCAAAGAGAUCAAUGCCAUUGAGAUGUUUAAAUGCAUCUCAUACUGUGCACCUGGUAUUCAUGCAUUCCUACUUGUGAUUCCACUAUACCGAUAUAUUGAUGUGGAGCAAAAAGUGAAGACUCUUCGCUGGUUGUUUGGGGAGGAUGUAUUAGGUUACAUUAUUGUCCUGUUCACCCAUGGAGAUUACCUAGAAUAUUGGGUCACCGAAGAGGAAUUCAUUAGUCAAAAUACAAUUCCCUCUGGUGUUGGAUACCACAUAUUCAACAACACUGACGAGGAUCCCUCUCAGGUCAGAGAGCUGCUGGAGAAGAUCAACACAAUGACAAAGAGGAAUGGAGGAAGCUACCGCAUCAAGGACAAAGACUGGAAACACAAGUGUCUGUAUCUGCUUGCUAGUGCAGUGACUAUUGGAGGUAGUUUUGGAGCUGCUAGUGGAGGCACUGGAGGAGGGGUUAUGGUGGCUGUUGUAGGGUCUGCUGUUGGAGCUGGUGCUUCUAAGGCAGGUAGCAGAGCUGUUGCUGCAUGCAUUGGUGGAGCUGCUGCUGUGGGUCUUGCAAUUGCGAUUGGAGCUGAUGUUUACACUGGAGCUGAAUUUGUUCUUAAGGCCACAGCUGCAAUAACUACAGGAGCCUGUGCUGAUGGAGCUGCUUUUAAAGGCUUUGCUCACAUGCUUUUGUAG